CUAGCUACCAAAUAGUUUGACCUUUUCUAUUUCGUUAAAAAAACGACGCAAAAAAGAAUCCGAUUGUAUUUAGAAUUCUCCACCAACUAUUGAUCAGUUAUCUAUAAUUAAAGGGAUUAGCUGAAGUUAGGGCUUUUGAUGAUUGAUUGGAAGAUGAGAUCUGUUGAAUCCAUAGUGGCGGAGUUAUCACCGUCUUCUUCCGCAACAGCCGUGGUCGGAGCAGGAGGAGAUGGCGGCGGCGGCGGCGGCGGUUGGUUCGUGGAGUGCCACGGUUUAUGGCAUAAUGUAUUGAUGAUAGUUCCUUCAGCACUAUUUGUUAUAUACUUGGCUUCCCAAGCCAAGAGAAGCUUCUCCAAGGUUUCUAAUGGUCGAUCGCAUGUAGUAGCUGUUCUCUAUGCCAUUCUCUGGCUUGUUAGCAUCUUCAAUUUGGCCUGGUGCUCUAUUCAGGCAUGGGAGUGUGCUCCAGGGAAACAAUUCAUGUGGAGUGUCAUCUCCUUGUUCACAACAUCUGGCAUGCUAUUUCUCGAAGUAAGCUUGAUAGCCUUUCUACUUCAAGGGAACCACGCUAGUGGACGUGAGGCGCUAACACAGACUUUCCUAAUCUCUGCAAUUGUAGUAGGUUUAGAUAUAUCUCUAAAGGGGUUAUACCUAUUUGGAUUUGGUAUUCAGUUGUUUGAUGUUAGCAACAAUGGCUCACAAUGGGCCUUAUGGGUUAUUCACAAGUUGCUGCUGACUGGAGUAUAUGGCCUCAUCUUUUUUAUGUAUCGAUCUACAUGGAGAGAAAGGUUGCCAGCAAGACCUGCAUUCCAGAACUAUAUUUCCAUCAUGUUUUGCGUAAAUGCAACUGCCUUGCUUGCAUGUGCACUUGCAGCACAUGGGACUGGAUUUGGAAUAUGGUUGUACAAUAUCACGGUCAUAUGUUACCAUGCCAUGUACCUUCCUCUUCUGUAUAUUACUUUCCUAGCGGACUUUUUGCAGGAGGACGACUUGCAUCUGGAGAAUGUAUACUACUCAGAAAUGAAAGAUGCUGGCUUCUUUGAUGUCGAUUGGGAGUAAUUCAGCAAGUACUUCUAAAUAAUGGUGGUGAAUUGGAUGCUGUAAAUGUGUAAAUAUGUAUUAACAUUUUAGAGAAUUCAGAAAAUGGUAAAAUUAGUUUCCUUUCAAGUUAUACUUAACUUCUCAAUGACUGUACCACUAUUUGUUCGAUGCUACUAUAGAGCAAAAAUAUACUUUAUGCAUACGUGAGAUAAGUUCCUAAAUCAA